AUGCCUCGGGGUCAGAAGAGUAAGCUCUGUGCCCGUGUGAAAUGCUGCCAGGCCCGAGACGAGCCCGAGGAUCUGGUAGGUGCUCAGGCCACUGUGAGAGUGGCAGAAGAGUUCCCCUCUUCCUCCCCUCCUCAUUGCAAAGCUAUUCCCAAAACUCACCUAUUGCUUGGUCACGUUGCAAUCCACAGGGUCAGAGAGCCAGAGCUGUUUCAUACACUGAGCCCAUCUACAGAGGUGGUUAUACUGGUGUACUACCCGCUGUACAAGCAUCAAAUGAGAGCUAUUACCAAGGCAGAUAUGCUGAGAAAUAUAAUCCAGACGUAUAGGAAUCACUUCCUUGAGAUCCUCAAGAGAGCUUCUGAGCACCUGGAGAUGAUCUUUGGCCUUGACCUGAAGGAAGUGGAUCCCUACUGGCACAUCUAUGUCCUUGUCAACAAGCCGGAACCAAGCUAUGAUGCAAACCUGAGCGAUGAUAGAGAGGUUCCCAAGACAGGCCUGUUGAUGGCUGUUCUGGGUGUGAUCUUGACUAAGGGCAAUUGUGCCACUGAGGAGCAAGUCUGGCAAAUAUUGAAUGUGAUGGGGUUAUAUGAGGGGAGGAAGCACUUCAUUUUUGGGGAGCCCAGGAAACUUAUCACCAAAGAUUUAGUGUGGGAAAGGUACCUGGAGUACUGUCAGGUACCCAACAGCGAUCCUCCGUGCUAUGAGUUCCUGUGGGGCCCAAGAGCCCACGCUGAAACCGGCAAGAUGAAAGUGCUGGAGUUUGUGGCCAAGAUCUAUGAUACGGUCCCCACUGCCUUCCCAUCCUGGUAUGAAGAGGCUUUGAGAGAUGAGGUAGAGAGAGCCCGAGCCAGGACUGCAGCCCGGGCUGGCACUGCUGCCCUGGCCAGCGUGCGCUCCAGGGCCAUAGCCAGCAGCUCCUCCCACCCCAAUAGAGUCGGAGGCAGAUUCUUCACUUUGUUGUUAAAAAGAGAAGUCCACAUUCUAAGUAGUAAAAGGUUGGGGUGGGGCUGCAGACAACAUAGUGUAUAA